GAGCACUCCUGCACAUAUCCAGAUGCGAAUCACGCAACAAUUGCCACAGAUCAAAGUCAGGUAACUGCUCAGACUGCCUCACAGUUACUGAUGCAACAAAAGGACAGUGGUGUAGCGGUAGAGGAUGCAAUCAACGGACAGUUGCAACAUGUAAUGAUGACUAACGUUUUGAGUUGUCGUAUCUGUGGCAAAGAGACCAAUAGCGAGUUGGCGUUGGCCCAUCACCUGCAGUCAUCCCAUCGUCAACGAGAAAUGCCCUACGUGUGUCGUUUAUGUCUGUUUCGCUCUUCACUAUUCGAAGAUAUUUUGGAUCAUUUCAAAAAGUUCCACGACAACUCGAAUCACUUGCUUUGCACAUACUGUUUGCGCAUCUUCACUCCAUCUGAUGCACGAUCCCCGCAUUAUGCAUCUCCGACCGGGGCGGCUACCCUCGUACCUGGAGUAGGACAAACACAGGUCUACUUACAACAUUUGCGCAUGCAUCAAGUACGGCACCAGCUUCGACGUUGUCCCACAUGUAGACUCAAUUUCACCAACAAAUCGGAUUAUCAGGUUCAUCGACGACUGGAUCAUAAAGCAGUGCGUGAUGGGACAAGCGAUCGACCGGAGGAGGCUGGUUUGGAUGGGUAUGAGGCUACCGAUCAGACUGUGCGUCGUUUGAAGGAAACUCAGCCACAUAUAACCCUUAUGAAUGCUCCUGAAGCCGGUGGUGUUAUGGACCUAGUUUUACUGCAUUUCCCUCCAAAUAUUGGUGAAAUGCGUUGUUUGGAAUGCGGAGAACCAAUGGAUAGUGACGCACACCGGCGAUAUCUUCCUUGUUCACUAUGUCGAUUCGCAACUUGUUGUUCGGCGGGAUACAAUCGACACGUGACUCACGUGCACGUUUAUGUUGCCGGUACUCAGCAAGCUGAACCGGAUUCCGGCAUGCCCAUGAUUCGACCAAUUCAUUUUCAGUGGAUUGACGACGAAGUCGCACUGCUCGAGGCAUUUAACAAACCAGAACAACAACCCAUUCCUAUUUCUGACCCCCCUCCGACGCUUCCGGAUAGUCAGCCAUGCGGUGUUGCUGAAGAAGCACCGGUACCAUCCGAGAAACCAAUCGAACAAGAAUCAGCAACCGAACCAGAACAGACAACAACUAUCGAGGCGGAGGAACAGUAUCGCCUGCAGAAGGCACAAGAGCAACAGGAACAAGCAGAAACAGGUAUCCUGUUUGAGUCGACUGAUAUCAACCUAUCUGGAGCUGAGCUAGGUGCUGUCGUGGGCCAAAAUGAGCGGACCGGUGAGGAUAUAGUAAUGAUGUCGGUCGAUACCGAUCAGCUAGCAUCCUACGGCUUCAUUGAAUCUGAUGAUCCGAACGCGGUUGGAACGCAUUUAGUAACUCAAGUUGGUCCCAACGGUACAACAAUCGAUGUGACCAACGCUGGUGGCGAAGUGGUUCAACAAUUCUUACUUCCAGAUGAUUUGCAAUUAGAAGAAGGACAAACUCUGGUCAUGAUUCAGGGCGAAGAUGGACAACCACAGUUGGCCAUUGUCAAUCAGUCGGGUUAG